UGAUAGUUAAAUGGAUGAUUACCCAUCAGUAAAGCAUAAAACUUGGUGUUUGAUGUUGUGUUGAGUUAGGAUUACUAAAUAUAAAUUCUUAGUUACAUCAUAAAAAGUGGAAUUCAAUUGGUUGGUUAAUGGCGUCACACUUUUGUUAGAAUUAUAUUUGGUUAUUGGGACUUAACUGUGUUUUCAACAGAAAGUACUUUUUUAGAAUUAGCUCCAUUAAGUUAAAUUUAGUCCUUUCAUACACAAAGGUUGGACUCAAAUCAACGAUAUGACCAACUAAUUUUAACUGCUUUAGGAACUUUUAUAGUGGCUAACACAAAGACUACCCCAAAAUCACAAGAGAAAACACAAUAGAUAAUAUAUAAUGAAACAAUAAGAGUGAUUGUAAUAGACUGUAAAGUAGUUCAAGUGAUUGAGUAAAAGAAGUACUUAAUUUAAUUGUUCAUAUAAGAUGCAAGGUCAUACCUUGUACUGAUGGGGUGGCCUGACUAAGGGUAUAGCUGUUAAGAUGAGAUUUAUCAGGUUGAGAAAAACUAAAGGGGUAAAGGUUUAAUUUUCAUUCUGGUUUUAGAUUAUGUACAGAACAGACUUUAUUGGCAAGCCAUUAUACACUGUAAAAAAUGAAAACUACUACUGUUUUUUUUUUUGUUCGCUGGAAUGCUAAGUGUGCGAAUUAUACUCACCACUGUUUGUUUCUGGCUUUUCUUGGCUGUAAAUUAGGUGAGCUUGUUUUCAAACUGGAGUUAUCAUAGAAAGGAUCACAGAUAGCAGAUUCUUGACUUGUCCAAGACUAUAAAUGUUGGCAUAAUGAGGCAAAAUCUUUGACCAGGAUGGAUCCUCAGACUUUUAUUAGGUUGUCAAUAGAUUCACUGGGACUAAGGAUUCCAAGAACAGCUUUGAACUCCACUAAGUCUGAUAUUCACGCGUUCUCUUCCCCGUGUUCAUGUGAAAUUCGUCUUCAAGGUUUCCCGGUGCAGACUACUUCUGUUCCUUUAAUAUCUUCUCCUCAAACCACACCUGAUCCUCAUAGCAUUGCCUCAAGCUUUUAUCUCGAAAAAUCUGAUCUGAAAGCUUUAUUAGCACCUGGCUGCUUCUAUAGCACACAUGCUUGCCUGGAAAUAGCUGUUUUCACGGGGAGGAAGGGAACCCAUUGUGGGGUCACCAUCAAAAGGCAGCAACUUGGGACUUUUAAGCUUGAGGUUGCUCCUGAAUGGGGUGAAGGGAAGCCAGUGAUUCUUUUCAAUGGUUGGAUAGGUCUUGGAAAAAACAAGACAGACACCGGAAAACCAGGUGCAGAGCUUCAUUUAAGAGUCAAAGUAGAUCCUGAUCCUAGAUACGUGUUCCAGUUUGAAGAUGCAACCAGACUGAGUCCUCAAAUAAAUCAGCUUCAAGGCUCUAUCAAGCAGCCAAUCUUUAGUUGCAAAUUUAGCCGAGACAGGGUGGGCCAGACAGACCCUCUGAGCAACUACUGGUCAGGUUCUAGUGACAAUAAUACCGAUCCUGAGUGCGAGAGAAGAGAGAGGAAGGGAUGGAAGGUGAAGAUACAUGAUCUUUCUGGCUCAGCUGUUGCCGCAGCGUUCAUGACAACUCCGUUUGUGCCUUCCACAGGUUGUGAUUGGGUUGCCAAGUCCAACCCAGGAGCUUGGUUGAUUGUUCGGCCUGAUGCUUGCAGGCCAGAGAGCUGGCAGCCAUGGGGUAAACUCGAAGCUUGGCGUGAACGUGGUAUGAGGGACUCCGUUUGCUGUAGAUUUCGUCUCAUGUCUGAAGGUCAUCAGGAGGCAGGGGAGCUUCUCAUGUCUGAGAUUUAUAUCAAUGCUGAAAGGGGAGGGGAGUUUUUCAUAGACACGGAUAGGCAGGCGCUUGCAACGGCAGCAACUCCAAUCCCAAGCCCGCAAAGCAGCGGAGACUUUGCAGGACUCAGCCCAGUUGUUGGAGGCUUUGUCAUGAGAUGUAAGGUGCAAGGAGAGGGAAAGACUAGCAAACCAUUGGUACAGCUUGCCAUGCGUCAUGUAACAUGUGUUGAGGAUGCUGCAAUCUUUAUGGCUCUUGCAGCUGCAGUUGAUCUCAGUAUCGAGGCAUGCCGCCCCUUCCGUCGGAAGAUAAAGAGAGGGUCAUGUUACUCUUUGUGAGAAAACAGCUAAAUGAAAAAGAUUACCGCAAAUACGCUACAACUCUACUUAGUCUUUCUUUCUUUCUUUUUUUUUGUUUCAACAUCUGGGAUUGUGUAUACAGUACAGAUGGAACUUGUAAUUGUGUUUUCUGCAACAUGUUCAGCUUAAUUUGGUUAGCAUAGUAGUUUGGAUUUGAAGGAACUUUUUUCCCAUACUCAUUCCAAAGUAGUUUGUACAUAACAAGAGCUCGUAACCUGUCAUGUGAAGGGAAAAAUUUGCUGUCUUAACUGGCUUAAGGGCAAUGAGCUUAUUUUUCAACUUAUAAGCAUGCAAAAUAUAUUAUAUAUAUAUUACUUCCAUUGUUACAAAAUUUCAA